CCUCCUCACCCUCGCCCAGCACGCGCUGCCGUCUCUGGCCGCCUCCGUCGCCAUAAGCACGCCGUCCGCUACCCGCUGCCCGUUGCCGCCGCCCCGUGCCCGUCUGCACCGCGACCCCGGUCGUCGCCCGCCACCACACCACCACAUGUGUGCAGCCUGCCGCGCAUCGUCGGUGGAGCUCCUGUGAGCUUCGCCACUGUCGCUGCCACUGCUGCUGCCAUGUUCGAGCGCGAGUCGAGCGCCGCGUCCUCGGUCGACUUCUACGACGCCGACGCCCUGGCCGCCGCCCGCAUGCACCGCCAUGCCUCGCCCGCAAAGCGCAGCCUGGACACGGCCGUCACUGCUGCCGACAAGAAGCGCCGUCUGGACGCGGGCCCGCCUGCGGACAAGAAGCGCAGGCUGGACUCGGUCUCGACGGCCGUCCCCGCGCCUGUCACUCCCCAGCUGCGGCCCAGCGCCGGCCUGCCACCCGCUGUGUGGCAGCACGUCUUUUCCUUUUGUUCUCUUGCAGACCUCGGUCGGUUGAUCCAAGUCAAUCGACCUUUUCAUUCUUAUCUCACAGACGUGUCUAACGUCCCCCUGUCCAAACCAGAGCAUGGUUGUCUGCCUCUCCUAAAGUCUGAAGCGCUGUGGGCCUCUGCCCGCAAUGCCUACCACUCCAGUGCCCCCAAGCCCCUCCCGGGCCGUACCGAGCUGCAAAUGUGGCAGCUUGUAUGGUCCAGGGCCUGUCAGUUUUGUAGCAAGCUCGGCGCGAGCCCUUCCAGUGACAAGAUGUGGCAGCAGGGCCCAGGCGACACCAUGGUCCGCACCGUGUGGCCCUUCGCCAUCCGAGCCUGCGGCCCUUGUCUGAUGCAGCAAUGCCAGACAGACGCGAGCCUGCUCUUCUCCUCCGCCUCCGCACUCCGCCCCGCACUUCCCUUCGCUCUCAUCACGAGCGACCACCACUACAUUCCCGCCCACGCUCUGCAGACCGCCGCCACCCCUGCGAGCCACGUCGACGACAUCUCCCAGGAGCUCAAGGACGCUCUCGCUCUCGGACCCGCUGCCGCUGAAGAGUGGUACAAGGGCCUUGAAGCACGAGGCAAGCAGCGCCUCAAGGCAGCCGAGGCCUGGGAGCGCUGGGCCGUCAAGUACAAACACGCAAAGCGUGCGCCCUCGCCACCCGCCGCACCCAAGCCCUCUAGAUCCCCAAAGCGCCACACUGCCUCCCCCGUGCUCCAUGCGCCAGUCCCAGCGACGCCGCACCACUACGCACACAGGCCUCCCACCAUCCCGCCAAAUGUCUUCACUCCCCAGCCCGUCCACUCCGGUAGCGCCCAGCCAAACCAGCAGCGGAACCUCCAUGAUGCCAACGAGGCCAAAGCCACCCGGAAAACGGACAUUGAGCGCCGGCAGCCCAUCCAGAUCUCCCAGCCAAUGACUGACUACGCCUGGAGCGUCUUGCAGCCUCGCCUAAUUGCCAACUUGCCUGCUGCCCAACAAGCCGAAGCCGACCACGUGUCUCGCGCAGCCCUGCUUCCGACAAAGCAAACUGACCGCCGUCACCAGGAUGCCAAUUCCAAGGAAGCAAAAGAGGCCAUGGACCGGGAAUGGGAGGAGUCCCAGCGGCCCAUUCGUGACAGACUCAGCGCCAUUGCGGACGACUUCAUCAACCGGGAGUGGGACCAUGGCAAAGCUCUCACCCACGAGAACAGCCCAAAGUUUGCUGCGGACCUCCUCAUGCACGUAAGGCGCGCUUACUAUGAAGGCGUGAAUGCUGCGGAGCCCUCUGAUAGACCCCCGCUGGUGCUGGAGAACAUGAAGUGGCUAUAUGACAACAAGCUCAAGCCGCUAACAGAACAGUACCGCCGCGAGAUCUUCUUCUGCCACGGCAGCGACUGCGAUCAAGCCACCCGGCCUUUUGGGUUUGAGGGUGUUGUCCAGCACUACGGAGCAAAACACACCACUGCAUUCAGCAGCGGCAAUAUCGUCGUUGCCUGGCGGGAGGCCGAGUGGCCUGAGGAGACCCCAUUCCACCCGCACCUGUCUCCGUGA